AUAUAUUUGGAAGAAUGCUUAUAACCAAACAGUUCUUGGACCCCAUUGACUAACAGAGGAGGAAAAAUGUAUUCCAAUUUUAAGAUUUUUUUUUAAGCAUUGAUUUUGUGCAUCUGUUCUUAAGGAGGAGCCCCAGUGAACACCAAACACACCUUAACUUUGUGCUUCCUCGUCUUUGUGGUGUAAGACCUUCUGUAUGAAGACCUGCUUGUGCAUCUGGCUCAGUGCUAUUCUUUAAUUUGCUAAGAGUUGCUGGCGUUUAAUUCAAGAAGUGGAAGAUAAUAACAUAUACUUUAGUGAUAUUGAGAGAGAAAUAGGAUUUCAUCUGUUAAGAUGAAUGUAAUGGUGAUUUUGACAUCAGCUCUACUGACAUUAUUUGCUCAAAGCAGAGCAAACACAGACAGCAAUAAAUGCAUUUCUGCAAAAACGUGUGGACAAUGUAUUCAGAUCGGGCCGCAGUGUGUGUGGUGCAAAGAUCCUGAUUUCAAACCUGCCCGCUGUGAUCACCAGGAUUCUCUGGAAAGGGCUGGUUGCACUGCUCUCGGCAUUGAAAACCCUCGAGGAACAAUCACAAUCGACAUGAACAAACCUGUCACGAAACAUAAAAUUGAUGUAGAGGAGAAAUUGAUGCCGGAUGAGAUCAAUCGGAUUCAGCCACAAAAGGUCACCCUUCAUCUCAGAUCAGGUGAAGCACAGCAGUUUAUGCUGACAUUCAAGACGGCUGAAGAUAACCUCAAUGCACAACCUGAUUCUCUGUCCUCUGAGGUCAUUCUGGAAAACAGCCGACUGCCUGAUGGUGUGUCCAUUUCCUUUGUUUCUCACUGCAAGAAUGGAGUGAGCGAAAGAGAAGAAAAUGGACGCAAAUGCUCCAAAAUCUCAAUUGGGGAAGAGGUGAAGUUUGACGUAGAAAUCAUGGCUAAGGGUUGUCCAUCUAAUGGCACCUCUGAGACGAUAAAGAUCAAACUGUCGGGAUUCACUGAGGAGGUGGAGAUCAUGCUCAACUUUAUUUGUGAAUGUGAGUGCCACAAAGAUAAAAUUCCAAACAGUCCAGCAUGUACAGACAGCAAUGGAACUUUGGAGUGUGGAGUAUGCAGGUGUAAUGAAGGACGACUAGGCAGCUUAUGUGAGUGCAGCCGAGAUGAGGUCCAGACCGAAGAUCCGGAUGCAAACUGCCGCAUGGGUUACGAGAUGGACAUCUGCAGUAAUAAUGGAGACUGUGUCUGCGGGACGUGCGAGUGUAAAAAAAGAGAUAAUCCAGAGGAGAGAUACAGCGGCAAGUUCUGUGAGUGCGACAAUUUUAACUGCGAUCGCGCCAACAACAAGCUCUGUGGAGGUCACGGUCGGUGUGAGUGUCGUGUAUGUAUCUGUGACGCUAACUACAUGGGCAGAGCCUGUGACUGCCCUCUGGACACCUCGACCUGUAUGGCUAGUAACAAACUAAUAUGUAACGGUCGAGGUGUCUGUGAUUGUGGAGUGUGCAGAUGUACUGACUCAAAGUUUCAGGGCAGCACCUGUGAAAUCUGCCCGACCUGCCCUGGAGUUUGUGCCAAAAACAAGGACUGUGUUGAGUGCAGAGCAUUUCAUACUGGUGACAAGAAAGAUACAUGUGAUAGGGACUGCCGAUACUUCAGCAUGAAAGUGGUGAAGAGGAAUGAUCUUCCACAACCUCUUGAUCGUCAUUAUAUCGCUCAUUGCAAAGAGAGAGAUGCUAAUGACCGCUGGUUUUUCUUCACCUAUGCUUUAAAUAAUGAUGGCAAUGAUGAGGUCCAUGUGGCUGAAUUUGAAGAAUGACAAACUAGAUGUGUUCAGUUCUAUGAUAGCUUAAAGUGAUACUACACCCAAAAUGAAGAUCCUGUCAUCAUUUAGACACCUUCGAGUUGUUCCAAAUCUGUAUAAAUUUCUUUGUUCUGAUAAACACAGAGAAAGAUAUUUGGAUGAAUGCUUGUAACCAGACAGAUUUGCCCCCCAUUGAUUACCAGAGUAGGAAAAAUACAAUGGUAGCCAAAGGUGCCCCAGAACUGUUUGCUGUCUUACAUUCUUCAAAAUGUCUUCUUUGGUGUCAGCAGAACAAACAAAACGGUAGAGUGAUUUUUCCUACAAUGGGGAGUCAAUGGGGGCCAAAAUUUGUCUGGUUAUAAGCAUUCUUCAUUCAUCAGAACAAAGAAAUGUAUACAGAUUUGGAACAACUAUAGGGUGAGUAAAUGAUGACAGAAUUUUCAUUUAUGGGUAAUAGUGAAAACAUGAAACAACAAUACACUGUGGUGUUGUGGUGUAGACCUCUGUCUCUUCCUCUCUACAUGUUCGGAUCACUGAAAGUCUACCGAGCCUGUAAAUUAUUAGGGAUCUUGUAGGCUGUGAUGUCAUUGAGUUUUUAUCUUUAUUUUUGGUGUCAGUUUAGAAAUCUUGGUGUAAUGGUUGAAAAGGUCUAAUGCCUUGAGACCACAGUGAACUGAAAGGUUACGAACUAAGAAGAAAAUCUACUGUUCCGCUCUUAAUUUUAUUUUAUAUUUUUCUUUCCUUUGAAAUGUAUUGACUAGUUGGGUGUCCUUUCAGGUCACAAGUACCUGAUCAACCCAAUUCGAAUAUGAUUUUCAGACCUAUUUUGUCUCCUCUGUCUAUUAGGAUGGUUUGGGAAGCGGCUCAAUAAAGCAUUCUGCUAAGUGUGUAUUGCUGUGAUUUGCCAUAUUUAUCCUGGUGAUCAACUGAAACUGAAUUAUACUCAGUCACUUAUUCUUCAAUUGAUGUUUUAACCUGCCUGAGAAAAUAAAAUUGCUAUUCUUGAUCUCU